CGUCCGGGAUCCGCACGGGUUGCCAUCAAGGCCUCUUCGCCAGGUCGCCCUCAACUAACUCGUCGUAUAAAACGCCCCUCUCGUCGAUUUCUGGAUGCAUUGUUGUACUUCCCGCUGCCUAACGAUCCAUUACUCCUUCAUCAUGCCUGUUGCAUUCAUUAUUUUGUUGAUUGUCAUCGUUGGUGUUUCCUGUCAGGAGUCUCAUUACAAAUCGCCACAUCAAGCGGCAAUUUUGAGCGACGCGCGGUAUCUCGCGGGUGAUGGCACAUUUGGUGCGGCCUACUCUCAAGAAGACGGUGUUGAAUUUAAAGAGGAGAGCGAUGUGGAAGGUAAUCGACGUGGGUCAUACUCGUACGUCGAUCCAACCGGACAAAGGCGCACUGUCACCUACACGGCGGGAAAGAAUGGCUUCCAGGCGACCGGGGAUCAUAUUCCCACCGCACCUCCGCAGGUACCACCGCAACCGGAAUACGUACCGUUGUCGCAAUAUAAUCCACCGGAUUAUCAACCCCCGAGUUACGCGCCACCACCUCUUCAACAGUAUCCGCGGCGCUAUCAACCGGCGGAUUAUGAACCGCAGCCUGUCGUUUACCAGCCGCAGCCUUCACCACAAUAUCGGUAUCGACCACAGCCGCAACCUGGUUAUCAUCAUCCCUCGGAAUUACAAAAUAUACCCUCGUACGCGCCUCCGAGGCCGCAUUAUCAGCCUCAGCUUCGCCCCGCGUCGCAGUACAACGCGAUAACGACACCGGCGCCCCGAAAUUUCUCUCCACCGGGAAAGCUCAGCUUCAACCGAACCCCUGAUGGCUUUUCCUACACGUUUAACAAAAGUUAAGUGGCAUAUAAAUUAAAUAGAAGAUGCGACGAUGCAUUUACGCGAGAUAUUACAUUGCAAGUAAAGUUUUUAAUCUGAUAAAAAAUACACAUGCACGCACAUAAAACUUCGAAUCUUAACAAAUCAAGAUCUGCCAUUAAUUAAAAGAAAAUUCAAAAUUUUAAAUACAAGCGAAGUCAAUUACAUACCUAUAUCAAAGAAUAAAACAAAAUAAUUAAAAAAAAAAAAUGUAUCAAAUGUGACAAAAUCAUUUAUUUCAAUAUCAUUGUCAUGACAUUCGACUUCGUUUUUAUCUCAAAUCUCUAAUUAAUCAUAAACUUAACAUACACAAUUGAUAAUAAUUAUUAUUUUGUUUUUUUUUGUAUCUUUAUUAGCAAUUUUAUAAAAAUAUUAUUUUUAAAUUAUGCAAAAAUAUAUUAUCGUUUUAAGAACUCCCUAAAUGGAAUAAAUUUUAUUAUUGAAAUAUAUGGAGGUAAAAUAUAUAAUAAAAUAAUAAAACUACAUAAAAUCGAUUAACUUUUAUCUCGCCCGUUCGUGCAAUACCCAGUGUCUCGUAUAACAAUUUCUCGCACAAAUGCGAGCACAAUCACGUAUUUCAUAGAGUCGGUUCACUUUCAUCCGGUAACCUUUGCAUUCUCCUGAUGUUGCAAUUGAGAAUCCCACGAUACCGAAGAAAAUAA